AUGAUCUUAUUCAGCCCUCAGGAACUGAUGGACACUGAAAUCUCCAGCAGGGGUACUGUGGAAGAGCUGAGGACCAACCUGGAACUGAUUCAAAGUUACAGACUACGCAUUGCCCAAGAUAUCAAUCAAGGGAACCUAGAGCUUUUCCUGCGUUCUUAUGAUAGACGCAGAAACCUGAAGAUAAAAAGACCCAAACCAGGCCAAAAUGAUAACAGGCUGAAAACAUUAAAGUGUUCUACUUUACUGGUGGUGGGGGACAAUUCACCUGCUGUGGAGGCUGUGGUUGAAUGUAAUUCUCGCCUCAACCCUAGAAAUACAACUUUACUGAAGGUAAUGUGUCUUCUGUCAUUGCCAACCACGUGUGAGUGA